AUGCCUCGCCGGCGGUUGAGCAAUUUGAAGACCCGCCAUUCAGUGAAGGACAGCUCACGGCUGCAUGAAGGGCCGACGAUGCACGAUUGCAGACGCGCCGUGCGGGACCCCGAGUGCAGCAGCCUGGCUGGCAGAGAUUUUAAAGGGCUUGCGGGUGGGCGGCGCGCCUGCGGGAAUUGUUUGCAGCAAUCCAUCCGCCAAUCUAUGCAGCGCCGCUCCACCAUCCCGCACCCCACAUCCAGGAACAAGCAACUCAAGCAGCACGCCAAGCAGGAUCUGUGCGACAAAAAGCUUGUCCAGGCCAUGCUAUCGCCUACGGCGGCCCCAGUGGCCCCCAGUGGCCGCAAAAAGCUAGCAGGCCCGCGGGCCACUCGGCUGCCACUGCGUUCUCAGCGGCGCCUCAGCGGCGCAACAUCGACGUCACGGCUGCUCGUCGGUGGCCGUUCGCGCUCGGCCUCAGGCAGCGUUGCCGACGUGCCAUUGCGACGGCCUGCGCGCUUCUGGCUGCUGGCGACGCGGUGCAGUGGUGACUGA